GACCGAAAGCACUUAGCGUAGGCCUCUAGUGGCUUGUCGAUUGUGGUGGAGAUGAAAUUGGCCUGCUUGCAGUAUCGCUGUGCGAAAGGGCUCCCCCCAGCUCGAAUCUGUAGCAGAGUCGAACGCAGGAGCAGGUUUUGUAAGCAGCGCUCCGACAGGUCCGUCCUUGCGUUGUACUUUCCAUUUAUGUUCUCACAUUCAGAGACCACGGCAGACCAUACACAAGCACACAAAUGCUUCACCCACAGGAUCUGUACAGAAGAACGAAGUUGCUACGCUUACCUCGCGAUUGGAUCGCCUUUCAAAGCAAGUGGAGGCGUUUCGUAGUCAACCUUUUGGUCCGUGGAAACCUAUACAGGCUACACGUUCCCAACAGACGUUGUGUCGAUCUCCGCCGGCUGCGGUUGGGGUCGGCAGCGACGCAUCUGCGCGCACUUUCCGCGGCCUGGCUGCUGCUCUUCUUGCGUCCCCAUCGCGGUGGGCCGUGGCUGCGCGCCGCCUUUCCAUGUUGCAUUGCUAACUCUUGUGCCGGUCUCCUCCCUCUUCGACACUUUUCCUGCUUCUCAAACCCUUUUCUUCAUCGGGAGUGUUCUUGGUUUGUUUCUUUUUUUAUUUGAACGAUGUGCUCUUGACAUGGGUGCGCCGUAUUCUCUCCCCCCCCUCCCACCGCCUUCGCUACUUCACCGUUACCGCUGCCGCCACUCGUGCGCCAGACGUCUAUGUUUUUCCUCCGCUACCUUUCCUAGCCGAAUACGAAAAGCAAUAGUCUUCGUUAGCUGCCGUCAUAUUGUUGUUUCUGUCUCUUGUUAUUUUCUUAAUAUAUUUGUUUUAUUAUUUGCUAUUCAUUCGGUGCUUCGUUCGUACCCGCUACCCAGAAAGGAACGCACCGUGGCUAUCGGCGCCUCUUCUCCGUGCAUCACGCUUCCUCUCCCCGCGACACCGCUUCACCUCGAGAGAUCGUUGUCUGCGUCGGGUGAGCGUUUGACACGAGUUUCUGUGCACUGCACUCGAAGCUGCGUAGCCGGUAUCGACCAACCCGAUUGAUGUAGGACAUCGCUGUCCUCUUUCCUUUUCGUUUCUUCAAAUCUAAGGCUCUCUGCGGCCUCCAACUUCCGGUUUAACCCGAAACAAUCCAAAAAAGUUACAAAUACUCCUUUCAAAAAAAAAUAUAUACAAGCAAACACCAUAACUACUUUCUUUUUUAAAUUUCUCUUCGUCUUUCGCUCUCUUGAUUCAUCUUUAAGUUUGUUAUCCAGUGCUCUUAAACCGUUAUCUUUGUCUUCUCUUUUUACUAAAAACAAACUCUGUUCUCACUGUCUUCCAAGCGACGGAAGAAGUUGACAAAGCAGAAAUAGUUCAGCACCUCUGUCCGCUCUUUCGUCUUUAAACGUGACCCUUUUUGCUAGGCGAAAGAAGCAAGUAGAGCGCAAGUGUUGUGCUUCCGCCACCUAAGCCUACAAACCACAGCCACUACCUCUCUUUCUCAACCACUCACUGAGAAAAGACACACACACACACCGCACACUGCAGGUAUCGCCAUUAGAGCUUCGGUUUCUGGUGUCCGAUAUUUGUCUGUUGGCUUUGAGUACGUGAAGUGCUUCCAAAUAAAGUACAACCACUACAACAAUUUUUUGUUUUUUUCUCGUAAGCGUCGGCGUUUUUAGGAACUGUCGAUUCGACGGCUUUCCGCUUUAGUGUACCGUCUUUUGGAUACUUUGUUCGCACACUGCGUUCAGCAGAACGUGGACCUUUUUUCUCGUGUGAUCUAACUGUUAGUAUCACAUAUAUAUUUUUAACCAGCGUUUCGCCUUUUUAAUAGCAAGGCGCGUUUCUGCAACGCUCUCCCGUACGCACACACGUGGCUGAAUCCAGUUGUACAAGUAACACCGACUUCUUUACGUAAAAACUAAGUACGGAAGCCGUCUUUUUGUGUUUUUCAAGUAAUAUUUCUUUUCUGUUGAAGUGUUCUUCGCCUUUUCCCCUCGUUCGGAUCGUUUGUUAAGGUUGACGGCUGAAGUACCUUGCUGACGUGUCCCCACAAUUCUCUGUGCAGCCGCCCAUUUCGAUCGCGACGAAGUGUGGCGCUGACCGCUGCCUGACUCAUCAAGGGCCCAAUCAAAGGAUCGGCAGCAGCAUUCGCUUUUUCUCGCUUUCCCCAGUUCUCUUGUGAUCUAUCGCGCUGUUUCAGGUGCUAAGAAACGUGCGUGCUAUCAUCAGAUCACGACCACUGAAGUAGCAGACCCGCAGGCCCACUACCCUUGCGUCAACAAGAUCAAGCGCGCUUUCCCAACCCCACUGCCAUCCCCUCACACUCACACACACACGCAACAAUGUCGUUCUUGAGGCAGUACUUCAUUCAGCUGUAUGGAUUCCUCGUGAAGACGUUCCUGCAGCGGUGGCGGACGCCGGUCUCGACGGUUGUGGAGAUCCUGCUGCCAUGCCUGUUCGUUAUUCUUAUGUCGAUUGCGUACUGGCGCUGUGAGAGCACGAUUGUGCCGGCGACGACGUACGACGGCGGGGCUGCGUCGCCUGCGUUGAACAUGACGGAGUUCUUGACGUACUUCGCAUGCAAGAAGAUGAGCUCGAAGCUGAAGGUGCCGUGGUACCCCUGCAGUCCGACGUUGAACGCGACCACCGGUGUGUGCAUGAGUUUGAUCGGGAACGGGGAGGAGGUCUGCUUCCCAAUGGCGUCGUACGGCAAGAUGAGCGGCAUCAUUUACGCCAUGUACUUUGGCAGCGGCCCCCUUGCGCUGAACUCGAUGGACGGACACCUCACGCUGGCCGCCAUGGUGACGCAGAUCGCGCGCCAGGACAACCCGACGUACUUCGGCCGCAGCGGGCGCGCGAGUCUGUCGCACUACGGCAAGCUGCUGGUGUCGAGCGACUCGGAUGCUGUGGCGCAGCGCUUCAUGAAGUUCUGCCGCGAGAAGAGUGCGAUGUGUGGGGAGGUGCUGCACAGCACGCCGUUUACGUCGCUGGACGCUGCGCAGGACUACGCGGCGGCGAACCAGAACACCGUGUGGGGCAUCGUGGACAUCCCCUCCGCGUCGCUGACCACGACCGGGGAGACCGAUUUCACGAUCAGCAUGAAUUUCACGGCGACGGCGAACACCGCGAAGGGGCAGGUGAAGUCGCUGUUCUCGCGCGGCCUGGUGACGGACGGCAGCGCCGGCUAUGUGCUGUACUGGACGAGCGGCUUCAUGACUCUCCAGACGUUCGUGCAUGAGUUCUACAUGCAGGAGGCGCUGAGCAAGUUCGCCGUUGUCGGCCCCGCCGCCUACGCGUCCGAUGCGGCGUCCGGCGUGGAGGGCAUCAGCAAGUAUCUGACGCCGUACGGGUCGGAGGUGAUUCCGAUGCCGACCAGUGCGCACUUCGACAACGCGUUCCUGACGAGGUGGGCGUACUACAUGCCGCUGCUGGCGAUGAUGGCUGCCCUGUACCCGACGUCGCGCCUGGUGAUGCUGAUUGUGAGCGAGAAGCACAACGGCAUCCGUGAGGCGAUGCUGAUCAUGGGCCUGAACCCGUCCUGCCUGUUCUUUGGCUGGUACGCGUCGACGCUGAUCAUCGACAUCAUCGCGUCGCUGCUGGCUGCGAUGUUUCUCAAGGUGGGCUUCUUCAGCCGCGUGGACUACGGGCUGCUUGUGCUCCUGUACUUUUCGUUCAUGCAGCAGAACACGGCGCUGUGCUUCUUGGUCAGCUCCAUCUUCAAGAACCCGCGCGUGGCGAGUUGGUUCAUCGCGUUCGUGCUGUUCGUGUGCGCGAUCCCGUCGUAUUCUUUUCCGGUCGGGAUGACAGACAUCCAGAAGAUCUUCUGCUGCCUGAUUCCGUGCGUGGGUUAUGCCGAGGUGUUCACCAUGAUGCUGAACUACGUGUCUGCCGGGGUGCAUUACGGAUGGCCGCAGGCGCGCGUGGGCUACUUCGACUACUCCAUGGCGAUCGGCAUGAUGUGGGCGUCCUUCGGCAUCCUGAUGCUGCUCGGCUUCUACCUGGAUCGCGUCUCCUUCGGCGCCGUUGGCCGCCGUGCGCACCCGCUCUUCUUCCUGAUGCCGCUGUGGAACAUGUUCCACAAGCCGAAGGCCCCCCUGAUCAAGAUGAGCGACAUGGGUACGCCGCUGGUCCGCGGCUCGCUUGUGACACCCGAGACGCCGGAGGGCUCGGAAGCCUACGGUGAGUCUGCGAAUACCAGUGCGCUGAAGAAGAGCAAGAAGGAGGAGGAGGACACGCACCGGCUGAUCGAGCACUACAACGACGUGGUGGACCCGCUGGACCCGUCCAUCGCCGCCGUGUUCCACCGCCUGCGCAAGAUUUACAUUGGCGGCGGUAUCGUGGGCUUCUUCUACACGUACUUCACCGGACUGUUCCGCAACGGUGACCGUGUGGUUGCGCUGGACGGAGUGACGUUUGCGAUGCGGACCGGCGAGGUGAGCGUGCUGCUGGGGCCGAACGGCGCGGGCAAGACGACGAUCAUGGGGAUGGCGAUCGGCAUGGUGAGCCCGACGAACGGCGACGUGUACGUGCGUGGGUACGACGCCCGCGAGCACCUGGACGAGUGCCGGCAGAACAUCGGGUACUGCCCGCAGAACGACAUCGUGUGGUCGCACCUGACGGUGGAGGAGCACAUCACUUUCUACGCACGCAUGAAGGGCGCCGAGUCGAUCGAUGUGCGGGACAAGGUGGCGCACGUGAUGGACCUCCUGGAGCUGACGGAGAAGCGCCACUGCAAGGCGAGCAACCUGUCCGGUGGCCAGCGCCGUCGCCUGUGCGUUGCCGUUGCGAUGGUGGGCGACUCGUCGGUGCUGUUUCUGGAUGAGCCGACUGCGGGCAUGGACAUCAGGGGCCGCAAGACGGUGUACGACGCGCUGAAUCGGUCCCGCGCGAAGCGGAGCGUGCUGAUCUCGACGCACUUGCUGGACGAGGCGGACCGCAUUGCGGACCGCGUGCUGAUCGUGAACAAAGGGCUGCUGUGCGCGGAGGGCUCGACGAUGUACCUGAAGUCGCAGAUGGAGGUGGGCUACGUCGUGACGUGCCUGCUGGAGGGCGGCAUGACGACGAGCGACGAGAACCGCGCCGCGGCCGCGCUGGUGGACUUUGUGCGCGCAGAGAGCUACACGGCGCAGCGGGGCCAGACGGGGAGGGAGGACGGCUGCGUGGUGCUGGGUGCGGAGCGCCGUGGCCGCGAGGUGUCGUUCCGCUUCCCGAUGACGCUGCUGGGGUCUGCGGGCGUGGGUCUGCUGUCGCUGAUCCAGGCCAACAGCAAGCGUCUCGGCCUGCGCAACGUUGCGCUGAACCUGACGACGCUGGAGGACGUGUUCUUCACGGUGACGCGCACGCGGCCGCUGAUGGCUGCCGUUGCGGAGGGGGAGCUGGUGACCGGCAUGGCCGCGUCGAGCGACUCCGCGGUGAAGUCGCCGCUGUCGCCGUCGUCGACGGAGAACCUGUACGAGACGAACGUGGGCGUUGCUGCGGUGUUUUGCCGCCACUUCCGCGCGCUGUUCCUGAAGCGGUGCCACUACGCGCAGCGCGACAUCAAGCUGCUGGUGUACCAGGUGCUGCUGCCGGUGAUCUUCCUGCUGCUGUCGCUGCUGGUGAACCUGGUGCGCGACCCGAACCAACCGUCGCUGCGGCUGGACAUGACGAUGUACCCCGAAUACGCGACAAACCCGUCGCAGGUGAUGACGGCGUACUCGGACUUCAGCGGGCAGGUGCGGCACAUAGGCCGGCCGUUAACAGUGACGAAUGCGUUCCACCUGAGCGCGGAUCUGCCGGACAGCGCGUGGGGCUCGCACUACAAAACGGACUACCGCAGCAUCGCGAGCGGGCAGGCGAACGCGACGUACGACAUGAGCAACUUCCUGAUGGAGGACAUCGACACGCACACCUCGCCGCGCUACAUUGCGAUUGCCCCCGUUGGCGCGGUGUUCCAGGCAGGCAUGCCAAAGAUACUUCCGACGCUCAUGCACAACACCACGACGAGCCACGCCGCGCCGCAGGCGCUGGACGCGCUGUACCGCCUUGCGCGGACGCAGCUGUUUGGCGCGAGCGUGCCGCAGCACACCGUGGUGAACUCACCAAUGAAGCUUGGCGAGUUUGAGAAGAAUAUGGUAGCUACCAGCAAACAAGUGAUGAUGGGCAUCUUCAUUAUCAUACCUUUCAUCUUCAUCCCGUCCAACACGAUUGGGUACAUUGUGGAGGAGGAGGAGUCGGGUGCGCGGCACAUGCAGUGGCUCUCUGGAAUGAGUGUGUUUGCCUACUGGAUGAGCAGCUUCAUGUUCGACGUGGCGUGCUACAUUGGGACGCAGAUUCUCACCUUUGUUAUCUUCGUGAUCUUCAACCGCACGGAGUUCGUAAGCAAGGAUACGGUGGGCCCUGCGAUUGUGAUGUUCCUGUUCUACGGCGUGUCGUCGAUCCCCGUGAGCUACUUCAUGAGCUUCUUCUUCAAAUCAGCGUUCUCUGCGCAGUCGGUUGUGUUCUGCAUCAACUUCACGUUUGGCUUCUUGUGGGUGACAGUGGAGUCGAUGAUUGCGGAGCAGGCGUUGCUGUUCGCACAAGUUGUGACGUAUAUCCUUCGCAUUUUCCCUGCUGUCUGCUUUGGCGAAUCGAUGUACGUGCUUUCCGGCACGGAGAUGGCGAACAUGAUGUUCCCGACGCGGGUGAAGACGAGCCUGUUUGCGCUGCUGAAAAUCAACGCCAGAGGCACUCCAACUGGCGGCAUCGGAACGGGCCUGAUCUACAUGUCGUGCGUUGGUGUGGGGUGCACGAUCGCGUUGAUCAUCGUGGAGUACCUGCGUCUGCAGCGCCUGAACGCAUUCUUCACGCAGUGCUGCACGAGCGCGAACGAGGAGGAUGCGGCGGAGCACGCGCUACUGGAGCAGCAGGACCCCACUGUGCUGGCGGAGGAGCGGCGCGUGUGCGCGGACGAGACCGGACCUGCGACGGACCGGAUUGCGGUGCAGCACCUGCACAAGCGCUUCAUGGGUGAGCACCACGCCGCGGUGGAGGACAUCUCCUUCGGCGUGCGCGAGGGCGAGGUGUUGGGCCUGCUGGGUCUGAACGGCGCUGGCAAGACGACAACGGUGGGCAUUCUGGCUGGCGAAGUGAUUGCGACGGGCGGCAAGGCCUUUGUGAACCACUACGCGGUGCAGAGCCUUGCGAGCCGGUCCUACGUGGGCUACUGCCCGCAGUACGACGCGCUGCUGUGCAACCUGAGUGCGGAGGAGCACCUGUGGCUGUACGCGCGGCUGCGCGGGAUCCGCGAGAAGUACAUCGAGGUGGAGGUCCCUGUCCUGCUGCGCGAGCUCGGCCUGUCCCCGUUCCGCACGCAGGCGGCGGGCUCCCUGAGUGGCGGCAACAAGCGCCGCCUGUCGCUUGCGAUUGCUCUUGUGGGCCACACGACGAGUGUGCUGCUGGAUGAACCGACGUCCGGCAUGGACGCCGUGGCGCGCGCGCAGACGUGCGAGAUGGUGCGGCGGCUGACGGUGGACAAGUCCGUUGUGCUGACGACGCACCUGCUGGACGAGGUGGAGGCGCUGGCGGACCGCGUUGCCUUCGUGGUGCGCGGCAACCUCCGCUGCGUGGGCACCCCGCAGGAGCUGAAGGCUGCGUACAACACGGAGGCGUCCUACACGCUGAGCGUGCUCUUCCCGAACACGGUGCGUCUGCAGAGCGAGGAGAAGGACCUCGUGGAGAAGGUGCGCGAGUACGUGCUGCAGACGGUUUCCGCGAUGGGCACGCAGAGCGACGCCAAGCGUGAGAUCACGUGCGAGGUGAGCGAGGUGCACCCGUGCUCGAUGGUGCUGCUUGUGAACGGCGACCUGCCUGCGAUCUGCGCGGUUGUGUCGCAGCUGCAGGGCGGGCGUGCGGAGGGCAUCCCCGCCACCACGUACGUGAGCGUGAGCCAGCCGACGCUGGAGGACAUUCUACUUCUGCAGUAG